AUGUCCGUUAACGCGAACUCGCACCGCCGCCGUCUUCCUCAGCCCAUCCACAAGCGCCAACGCAUAAAUAACGCUGACAAAAUCAAACCACUGUCUCCUGUCAUCAUCUUUGACUAUGUAGGCGAGUACACGCAAGGCGUGGUCAUGAUCGAUAUCAACAACAGGAGCCCCGCCGUACUCGGUGCGAAGAUGGUAGGCGCCUUCGACCAGGCCUUUGCUCACCCUCUCCCUUCGGCAUCCUUCACACUCCGCAUUAAGCGGCCAGGCUACGACCACUUUGACUUCAAUCUCGCGGUCAACUUGCCCAAGCCAUUGCGGGUGCACGUGUUUUCGCCAGAUUUUGUGAAACUCACAGGAACAUCCAAGAACUACCAAGUAGGCCUCAUCGACAUCCAGCGCCUGGUGUUGGUUGGACUCCAUAAUAUAUAUGGGAACGUCUGGCAGGCUGAAGUUGACAUUGAUAUGAACGCAAUGACAUUUUGA